UGUGAACCAAUAUCUCAUAACCCCACAACGUGACCGAUCGCACAAGCGACUAACGUGUCGAUCAGUGGUGAAAAGGAUAUAAGUAAAAAGUAAUGCAAUGAACAUCUCCAGAAAUUUUGGUGCAAGUAUAUACAGCAAAAUCUCCAUAUAACAUACAUUUAUAUCCACAUAGUCCAUUAAAUAGAGAUUUCACUGUACAUAAUUUCCACUGCUGUGUACUCUUUAACUAUUACCUAGCCUAAGACGGAAGCAUAUCAGUUUAGGUCAAACAUUAACACAAUAUUUCAAUAUAACAGUAACAAUGAGGCGUUCAAAUAGUGUUACAAUAGACUUUAUUUCUUCACUUGUAAACUAGCGACAGAUGACUAAGCUGUAACUGUCAGCUUUCAGUUAUAUACGAUCUUGGUCUUGUUCACUCAUACCAGACUUGAUAGAGCUGUGGUGGCAAUUAUUAUCCACAUUUAAUACACGUAAGUAACUAAAUAAUCUGUUAAUAUGUGACCCAAUGAUCAACUUGUUCAAUGUAGAAAACAAACCACGAACAAUAGUGAUACACUUGUUAAUACCUAGUACAAGUAACUCUUUUUACACUAUCUUUUAUCACUAUACCUACUUUAUAAUAUUUGUUCAAACUCAUCAAGCAGGGAUAUAAUUAAUAUGGAUUUAUUUAAAGGAACAUUAUAACACAAAAAAAUCCAUUUAAUGUGGGAUAUAACACCCCAGAAGUAACAUGGUCAGGGUGGACAGUAAGGAAGCUCUAUAAUAAACACUGAGAAAUGUCAUCCACCAGCUGACUCAGUCUUGGUUAUUUGUCUCAUCCAAACCCACACGUAGACGCGCAGUUCAAGAUGAGCAGUGCCGAAGAGUGUAUUAACCAUGCUGCUGAAGUGGCUCGGCAAGCAACACAUUUUGACACUACUGGUAGUCACCAGGCAGCCAUCUACAUGUAUCGUCAAGCAGCAACAUACCUGGACCGUGCCACAACUCUGGGGAUGUGUAGUCCAGCUAUCUCAGAUCGAAUUCAACAGUACAAAAAUAGAGCUUCAACUCUAGAACAAAAUGAAACACAAGCUCAGUCAGCACAAGUGACCAAAGAAGGUGGUCAGAGUGAGCUGAGUCGAGCUAACUUUCUCCUGUUGGAGGCAUUGGAUGAAGAUGAGGCAGGAAAUGCUGAAGAAGCCAUUGAACUUUACUCCAAUGCUGUUCAACUUUGUCUUGAGGCUUGUAAAAAUGCCAGUAAUGCUAAGAUAACAGACAAGUUGCGGAAAUUGGCUGAACAAGCACUGACCCGAGCUGAAGUCCUGAAGGAACAGGAGACAGGAGAAGCAGCAGGUGUGGCUGAAGACAAAGCAUCAAGCAGACCACAACAUCAACAAAAAGUCUCACCAACACGAGCCAUCCCUCCUCUGGGUAUUGGUAACUUGGUCAACUCCAGACCUCAAGCUGUAGGCAGACCAAUUGUGGCCAACAAAAGCGGACUUCAACUGUCUGGUAAAUCGGAAUACACAAAGGAGGAAAUAGAUGUGUUAAGAAGGACUUCCAAUGUGAAUGGACAGGAUUAUGUUCCUUUUUUGGCUAUUGAUUUAAAGGAGAAAUUUGCUUUUUCUAUACCAUUUAAUGACAAGGAUGGUGUCCUACCCCUGGCACCAAAACAAAAGAAAAAUUUUGCAAGGUGGGCACGACCUGAGGACAUAUCUAGUGACCCAAAAAUGAUUGAAGUAGUGGAUUAUUACAGCAUUAAGCAGACUUGUGUUUCUGAUUGUUCCUUUGUGGCUUCUGUUGCUAUCAGUGCUCUCUAUGAAAAAAGGUUUAAGAAAAGACUCAUUACAGACAUCAUAUUUCCCAAGAACCGCAAUGGUGAUCCUGUGUAUAAUCCCUGUGGCAAAUACAUGAUCAAGCUUCAUAUUAAUGGAAUUCCAAGGAAAGUUAUUAUAGAUGACAAAUUGCCUGUGGGGCACCAUGGUGAGCUGCUGUGUUCUUAUUCCACCAAUAAGAAUGAAUUUUGGAUAUCCUUGGUUGAGAAGUCGUACCUGAAGGUCAUGGGUGGGUACGAUUUUCCUGGAUCUAAUAGUAACAUUGACCUUUAUGCUCUGACGGGCUGGAUACCAGAGCGUGUGUCUAUCAAAGAUAAGGAUUUCAAUAAGGAGGGUACGUUUCGCAAGAUAGUUGAACGCUUCCACCGUGGUGAUGUACUGGUUACUGUCGCAACUGGGGAGAUGAGUGAUGCUGAAGCAGACCGAGCUGGACUAGUGCCUACUCAUGCAUAUGCAAUGCUUGAUAUUAAGGAAGUGAAGGGAAAACAUUUGCUGAUGCUGAAGAACCCUUGGUCACAUCUACGCUGGAAGGGAAACUACUCUGAAAUGGACCAGGAGCACUGGACCCCAGAUAUGUGUAAACUUCUUAACUAUGACCCAAAGAGUGCCCAAACUUUCGAUAAUGGUGUCUUUUGGAUUGAUUAUGACAGCUUGUGCCACUUCUACGAUGUGAUCUACAUGAAUUGGAACCCUCGGCUGUUCUCUCAUACAUAUUGUACACAUGAAACUUGGAACUCUGGUGCUGGUCCGGUGCGAGACUUGUACAACAUUGGAGAGAACCCACAGUACUCCCUUGAGGUGCAGUGCCCAGGAGGCACUGCAGUUUGGCUUCUUCUUACCAGACACAUUACCGAAAUAGAAGAUUUUCGUAACAACAAGGAGUACAUCACCCUCCUUGUGUACAAGACUGGAGGGAAAAAAGUCUUCUAUCCCUUUGACCCAGCUCCGUUCAUUGAUGGUGUGCGUAUCAACAGCCCGCACUAUCUCUGCAAAAUGAUUCUGAAGGAACCUGGGACACACAAGUUCACACUAGUGGUGUCUCAGUAUGAGAAACAUCUGACUAUCCACUACUCUUUACGGGUUUAUUCCACCUGUCCAUUUUCUUUGCAUAAGAUCAAGAAUUAUUGCAAACACAAAAAUGAGAUUACUGGAAAGUGGAGUGGUGAAACUGCUGGUGGCUGCCCCAAUCAUCCAGCCACAUACAAGAACAACCCAAUGUACCAGUUCAGAACUGAUAGUGAUUUACAGUGUCUGAGAAUUGAACUCAAGGCCCCUAAGGAUAUUCAGGUUGGUUUUGAGGCUGUGUGUGUAGAAGCAAAGAACACAGAGGCCAGUGGGCACUUCGCCAAGAAGCAGUCAGGGGCAUACAGGUCAGGUUUUGUGGUCAUGGAGAUAUUUGAUCUAGUUGCAGGUGUGUAUAACAUCAUCCCCAGCACCUUCUACCCCAACACGGAAGCACCAUAUUUCCUCAACCUCUUCUCCUCAGCCCCCUUAAAGCUCAACAGACUUAAGUAAAUAACCUAGAGGGUAGAAAUUGUAAAGGAAUCUACAUGAACAAUGAUAAAAUUUAACAUUUAUAGGAUAGACAUGAAACUUGCCAGGUUGUAUUUGGGAUUAAGUUUUCUGGAGAGCAAUGCAUAAUUAUUUUAUGGUUAUGGUUGUAGAUUAAUGUGUAUUUGAUUGGGUCACUUAAAAUUAUUUAAAUACAAUAAAAAAAAGGUAAUUGAUUAUUUUUAUUAGCUAAGAAUAGUUCAAAUAUCUUCAAAUAUAUACACAAUAUAUAGUGUGCCAUUUGUAAUUAUUAUUUUUAUUUUUCUAUUUUCUGAUCAAAGACUUGUAAUUUAUCAUAUCAUAUUUUAAUGUUAUUAUGAUAUUAUUAAUUUUCUAAAGUUAAGGAUUAUAUAUAUAUAUAUUAAAGGUGUAAUGUGGCAGAAAAGAGUAGCAAGGUGAGAGAGGAAGGUGUUGUUGAUAAUAUUUAUACCAAGAAAAGUAAUUAGCCAAGUAAGUUGCUAUGAGACAAUUAAUAUAGAAGUCCUUUGAUUUUCUUGACUUCCCAUGGUUUGCAUAUAAAGGUUCACCAAAUUUCUAUAUACAAGUGUUGACUGUUAAAUGAUGGAGCUAGGGACAUCGGAAAGCCAUUGUAUGGUGAUCUUCACAAUAUAUAGGGAAAAUGGGUUAUGUUUCUCAGACCUUGAAGAGACAGAGUUACAGUUAUUUUUUAACUCGUAAUUUCGGGUAGUCGUGUAAUUUUAUUUUUUUGUACUCUGUUACAUGAACACAAUCUUUCACACAGAAAAUUAUUAUAAGGUCAAAAAACAUAAAGGGAAUAAACAUUUUUUAUGUGCACAGGAAUUAUCACAGAAUGGGGGAGGAAGGAAUGAAGUGGGGGUUCUCAGCUGUAGUCUGUCUCAUGUUCCAUGUGUGUAGUGAAACGAUUGCCUUGGCAAUGCAAUAUUUUUUUUAUUAGCAUUGCAGUAAAACCUCAUUCAGGUGGACCCUGCUUAAGUCAGACAAAAUUUUUGCCCAAAAAUAAUUUAAAAAUUUAAAUAAUUAAAAGAAAGUACGAGAAAAUUUGUCAUCUGAUGACAUGUCCACAAAAUUUUAAGGGAUCAAGGCAUCAGCGUGCGGGACACAGGUGCCCGAGAGUUAUUAAUUGUUGUUUUGGGGAAUAUUAUUUUAUUCUCUCUAGUAAUGAUACAAUGUUUCUUAUGUUAUCGUAGGUAAAUGCAUGGUUUAUAUAAUUUGUUUAUCAUUGUGCCUGUCACCGUUUUCAAAUUAGACUAUGUACAAGAUAUGCAUUUCUCCUAUACGUAUUUCGAUUGUAUGUCUGGCAGCGAGUGAGUGACCGCUAGUUACUGCAUCGUCUGCACUUGUAAUUCCUCACUCCCUACCAUAUUUCAUUGGAUUUACUGUUAUUAUUAGUGUUUCCUGAUAUAAUAGUGAUUAAUCAUGGCAUUGUAGCUGUGGUGUUAUGGUUGUUUUUCAAAUCGUAUAUUGUGAAAAAAAGUAAAAGAAAUGAUUGUCCUAAGGGCAAACACAUAAAGGGAAUAUACAUUUCUUUGCACACGAGUUAGCUGACUGAGUGAGGGAGGGGAAGACGGUCGCAGAGUGUAGGGGUUGGAGGAGUGUUGCUGAGGAAUCGGCAUCCCGUCUGACCUUCGUUACUAUGGUGAAACAGGGAGUGUAUGCACAUGGCGACUGUGUUAAACUUUCAUUUGGCUUUUAUUAACUGAUUUGGCUAUACAGUAUUUUUUGUUGGAAUUAUUUUUGUUUAUUCCUCACAUUUCCUGGUACUGUAUACAUUAUUUUAGGAAAACAGUGGCUACAAGAGGAAAAUACACACAAAAGUUUUUCAUAAAUACUCCCUGCCGUAAAAUACUGUACUGUAUUUUUGGUGCUUUUAUAUCAUCAUUUAUCGGUUUUAUACAUUUAGUGCAUUCGCCAAAGGCUGAAGAAGCAUUCAAAUUUUUUGCUUUAUUAUAGAAAAAUUAACAAUAACCCUGACCUCUAGGAAACUGUUUGGUAUCCGUAAGGGUGAUGAGAAGGUUAAACCUAAGGCCGUAUCAGUGAACUGAAAAUAAGUGUACAUUACUUUUUAGAUAAAUUUUGAUUCAAAAA